AGCAAGCGUUCGUGCGCAAGCGUUUGCAAGCUCCUGAUUUUCCCGCACCGUUCAAGUUUCUGAAAAAGAAACUAAAGGCUGAAGGAUGAGCAAUGAAGAGGAGGCGAUGGAAUUAUCUGGGGAGUCCAAUCUGGUCUCAAACUUACAUAACUUCAGUUUUGAUGUGUCUUGGGCUAAUACAUCUAGAGACUUGAGCCCUCCACUGCAACGUCGGACUGGUCAUAUCCUCUCACCUGCCAGAUUUCCUGCAGCAUCCACUCCAAAUCCCCGCUGCUGGAAGACUUUGACAUUGAAAGAGAAGACAUUCACGCCUCCCCCAAAAGUGAAGGUGUCACACAAGACGAUAGCUACCUAUCAUGAUGCAGACAGACAGGCACUUAACAGGAGCCAGAGUUUCUCACCCAUGGAGUUAGAUGUGUCAGAACCUAGCUUUCAUAAUGAUUCGAAGAAGUCUAGUUCUAAGCUACAGAAGAGGCACAGCGACUUUGGUGUUGCUUAUGACAACCAAAAGUCCAAAAAUGUACCAAGAAUGCAGAAAAUACCAGAGCCCUUAACAGUGAGACAUAGAAAUAUCAACAACAAUGUGUCACAUGAUUCUAGUCUAGAGGAUUCAGUCUUCUUUCGUGAUUCCGUAAAGAAAGAUACAUCUGGUGCUAGUUGUCAUGGUGUUGUUGCUAGGAGACCGAGACUCUCUACACAAGACAGUAUGACAAAAUCUUCCUUCUUAGUCCUACUGUGUAUCAUUUUGGUAUCAAGUUGUAUUGUGGGAUAUCUAUAUUUCCAGAUGGGCUGGUGUGCUGUCUUUGAUGUCGACACUGUUAAGUUACAACAUAAACUAGAAGAUAAUGUCUUUGGUCAGCAUAUUGCUGUAAAAUCUGUAAUUGAGGCUUUGGAAAAGUUCAGGAAAAAUAUAAGAGAAAGAAAUGGGAAAAGGAGCCUGAUAUUGUCUUUUCAUGGCUGGACUGGAAUAGGGAAAAACUAUAUAAGUAAAUUUAUUGCUGAAGCAUUCUAUAAUGCAAAGAUUUCGUUGUACCUUGCGCCAUUACAUUUAGUCACUCGAUAUGGAAGUGAAAAGGAAAAUGGCACCGGUGGGAUAAAGUCUUGGAUUCUUGGAAAUAUAACAAGAUGUGGUGUUAAUGUGAUUAUUGUUGAUGAGAUAGACAAAGCCGAGGUUGAUCACCUGCGAGGCAUACAAUCUGUGAUCGAAACGUUAAACCGGGAGGCAAGAAGAGUAUCAGAUGGUGUCGUGAAGAUGGGACCAAUUACAGUAUUCCUUUUCUUGAGUAAUUCCAGAGCUAGUCAAAUUAAUCAUUAUUUAUUUUCGCAAAUGUUGGUUGAUAGAGAAAGGGAGUUAAUUAGGAAAAGUGAAUUUGAUAAUGUAUUUGACAGCAGUACAUCUGAAUGGUAUGAAGAUAUGAAAGCCAAAGGUUUGAUAGAUCAUUUCAUUCCGUUUUUGCCUCUAACAGAAGUCCAUGUAAAGCAGUGUAUUGAAAGAGAUUUCAUAAAAAAGGGACGCGAUCCAAGUGAAGGUUUGAUCCUAUCUGUGAUAGAGGAGUUGUCGUUUGUUGACAUGGGUGGUAAAAAUGGACAAGUUUCAUUAACUGGCUGUAAACGUGUACAAGAUAAGGUCAAUCUACAUAUUGAUGAUUGAAAAAUAAGUUUAUCCGUUACCCUGCUACAUUUCUAUAAUGGUCUGGUCUAUCAUUCAUUUAGGGCAGUAACAUUUAUUAUUCAAAGGGGUGUUCAUUGAAAAUUUGCUGACCAAACUGCGAACAGUGCAGACCAAGAUCAGCCUGCACUUGGUCUGCACUUGCAGCAAAGGCAAAAUCACUUGCCGCCAGCAGGCUAAAGUUGAUCUGGUGAAUAGAAUGAGAGUCAUUAUUGUGUGGAUUGAUAGUGUUUAUUUAUAAUCCUGGAUAUGUUAAAUCUAAUAUAAUCCUUGAAUGCAAUUAUGUUAGUGAUUUAGAUGUAGACUCAACAACUUUUCUAACUCCACACCAGGUUUUUUGUCAAAAUUUGGCAGAGAUCAAAACAAAAAUUGGCGCACUGAGUGGCUGUCUUUGUAUGCAAUGUGCCUUUGAAGGUGCUUGUCAUGAAAAGGGAGCUUCUGAAACUUGGUAUAAUGUCAUUGGACUACAUGCUUACUGGCUUUUGACUUUGAGAAUGUCAUGUUAUUAAACCAGCCUGACUGGAAUGUAAAGGUCCCGCAUUUAAGCAAGAACAUUUUAUGUUGAUAUGUGAACUUUCACAAAAUUUAUAGCAGGGUAAAUGAAAUGAUAACCUGUCAGACCAUCACAGUUUGUUUCUCAGCUCAUAAAUUGAACUUAACCUUUAGCCUGCUGGCGGCAACUGACUCUGCCUUUGUGAUCAUGGUCUGCACUGUUCGCUAUUCAGCCAGUAAAUUUCAGUGAACACCCCUUGGAAUAAUAAAUGGUAUUGCCCAAAUUUAAAGAUGGACCAGUCCACUUUAGAAAUUUAGCAGGCUAAGGGUUAACAAGCUGCCAUUUUUGUGCCCUUGAUUAAUAAUGGGAUAAAUCCAAAUAUCAAGUGUAAGUAGUUGUUUUAGUGCAAAAUAAUUAGUUGUUUCUUUUUGUACUGGAAUCACAUCAGUCAGGGCCAAUUGAAGUGCAUUAUUGAAAUGUCAGAAACAGCCUGGUCUCUGCAAUCAUGUUAACCAAAAUGUCCGUGAUUUUAGCUCGACAUUUCGAAGACAGCGUAGAGCUAUUGCAUUCACCUCGGCAUCGCCAUUGGUUAAAGUUUUUGAUAAGUCAAAUAUCUCUGUUACUAUCAAAGCUUUUGACUUGAAUCUUAAAACAAUUAUUUACUAUCACAGUUUACACCAGGAGAAACAAUCCCCGUAACUCUGAAUUGAAUUUUGACAGAUUGAUGCCCCUUUUUAACUUAGAAUUUUUUUGUUAAAGUUUUUGAUAAAGUCAAAUAUCUCUGUUACUAUCAAAUCUUUUGACUUGAAACUUAAAGUAGUUAUUUACUAUCAGAGUCAUCACCAGGAGAAAUAAUCCCCUUAACUCUGUUUGAAUUUUGACAGAGUUAUGCCCCUUUUUAACUUAGAAUUUUUUGGUUAAAGUUUUAUAUAGCUUCCAUUAUCUCUCUUACUAUCAAUGCUAUUGACUUGAAACUUCUAUCAAAGGCUACAUCAUAAGAAACAAUCCCCAUAACUCUGAUUAGAAUUUUGACAGAUUAAUGCCCCUUUUGCUGGCAAAGCUCAAAUUCAGAGUCAAGUACUGAGAAAAGUCGAGAGUGCUGUCUUACGAACAGCUCUUGUUUUUGUUUGUUUGUUUUUCCCUGUCAUUAUUCGAAAAAGAAAUAUAUUUGUGACUGUAGGUCCCUGUUAUAAAAGGGAAAAAAGCCACCGACUUACAAUUGAAGCCAUUCAAAUUGUUUCUUUUUCAAGUUUGAAAGAUCAUGUAAACAUUUACAAAAUUCUGUAAAUGUGGAAGUAAGUGAAACAGAUAGAGAUGUCUGUCUUUGGGUAGAUCAUAGGAGAGGGUAAUGUUGUCCUUGAUAAUUUGACUGAAGACACUGCAUCAAGAUGAACAGCCAUAUUCAAAUGUUGCCAAAUUGAUGUACUUCAAUAGUAAUGGCUUGAAAAUUUGUCCUGAUCUGUAACAGGAUUUUUAUGAAUAUUGAUUUCAAUUUGCAAUUCCAAGUAUGAUCGGUCUCCUUGUUUCUUAAGGAGUGGAAAGAACUUUUUGCAUUUUGAAAAUGUUCAUAAUUAUUUUGGUUUUAUGGUAAAAAAAUACAGAUGAAGUUUUCUCUUUGUAAUAUUCUUUACAUUGAAAAAUUUCAAUAUUUUUACCCCUGUCACAAUUUUUUUUUUUUAUUGACAAUGAAUUCAACACGAAUAAACAUACUUUAAAAUCUUAAACAUUCCAAUAUUAUCACCCUUGGAGUUCUUUAGCAUUAGUACUAUUAUAUAUAAUAAAUGGUAUUGUCUCGUAUUGAAGGUGAAGUCAAGGAGAAACCUUGCGAAAAAGGUGGACUGAUCUGUAAAUUACCAGAUUACAGAUUAACACAAAACAUUAUAAUUAUCAUUGUAAAAUUUAAAAGUAAUAUGUUGAUAUGUAUUCUGUUGAUACUAUGGAUAUAUGUAGCAUUGUUUACAGAUAAAACUUAAGGGCUUGUAUUCAUCAACUUUUUCAUAUUCCAGACUUUUGAUAUGUUUAGCCCCAUGUGGUUCUGGGACAAUCUGUGUAUGAAAAGAAUUGGAACCACUGCCUUACCCUUGCAUGAUCGUAAGAGGUGACUAAUAGGGUCUUAACACUUGGUUUUGCUGUAACUCUGUGAUUCCAGCAGGUAUGCAAAUUUUGAUUCCAUACCUCGUGUUUUAAUUUCGAUGUAAAUGAGAUGUGAAACUAAAAUUUGUAGUCCUGUUUGGCGCCAUAUAACCUAUACUGUGUUGGUGCGCCGUAAAACCCAAUAAAUAUAAAUAUAUAAAUUUGAUAUGUUUAA